ACACGUACCCUCGGUUCUUUUCACGAUCAUGAAUCUAUAAUUGAUAACGAAACCCAGUCAUUUUGCAUCUUCCCACUCAACUAUACGWACAUUGUCUCAGGGUAACUCACACCUGACGAUCUGCGUCUCUAAUGAYACCUUUAAUUAGUACUUGGUAUUCAAACGCAAAAAACGUUUUGUAGUCACACGUAGCACUGAGCAGCUAUUCAAAACAAACUCUUCAGURAAAACGCUAAGAUCAGUCAAGGACUUUAACGCUUAAAUUCGCAGUCCUCAUCUAAAUUAACCAUGUCUUGGCUUUCUCGUUUUUCGUUGUGGUUUUUCAACGUUUUCCAGCUUUCAAUUGCAUGUAAAGAAAUGACCUUCAAGAUUAAUCUCGGUGGUCAAGCCUUGGUCAACCAUACUUUUCUAGCCACUCAAGCCACGGACGAUGGCCAUUGCGAAGCCUUAUGUUUUUUGGAUGAUCGUUGUAUUUCAUUCAACUCUGGGAGAGGCGCUUCUGGGGAACUCAAUAUCUGCGAACUCAAUGAAGCUGAUCACAAAAUGUUCCCCGAUGAUUUGCUUCCAAGAUCUGACACCAUAUACAGAAUGGCUGAGACCACAUGUAAUUGUAGCAAGAAUGAGAUAUGUCGUCCUGAUUUUGAGUCACAAACUCAUCGAUGUAUAUGCAACCAUGGUUACACGUUAGAAAAUUGCAGCACAAGUUUUCAAGUGACAAACUGCAAUGGCUAUACAGACCAGCGUAUUAACGUUUUCGAACUCGACGGGUCAAACGCAUCACAAGUCAAGUACAGCAUCUGUAGAGUAAUCUUGAACGCAAACGCUGACACGUUGCCGACUCAACCGUAUCGUUUGACAGUCGACCUAUAUUCUAGAAGGCCUGAUAACUCAAACGUCACGCAUCCUGGAAUUGGAUUUAACGUCGUGGACCAAGAUAAUUUUGAUUACAUUUUAUUCAGAACUCAUWCCAAUACUACCUGUGUUAUUCCUGGCAAAAUAACAAACAACAAAGGGAAAAAUUUACCUCAAUCUUGUAUCAUCGAUCCUCCCCCCGCCUAUGCGUGGUUUCAUGUUGCCGUUGAGGUCCGAAAGAAAUCCGCUAAGGUCCUCGUUGAUGGCAAUUUUGCGGCGGAAUUCACUCCAACCUUUUCCUUGAGACAACGUGGAGCAGUGGCAACUGUCAAUGGAUAUAAAAAUUUUGUCCUAUUCAGAAACUUCAAAAUUACUCAGUUAAAUUAAUUUAUUCUCUACUUUCACAUCCCCAUAAUACUUUGCGUCUUUGGGGGGUACCAGAGGGUAAAAACCCACUUAUUUUGCUGAAGGCUGA